AACCAACACGCAGACAAGCAAACCCAUACAUCAAUCAACUUGCAGUCCUUGCAUGAACCAAACAAACUACACUCUAUGUCUUUCCCCCCCCCAACUCCCGCCACUAACGAACCCACCCUUAAGAUUUCUACCACAUUGUCAAUUUGUAGACAUUUUGACCAAGCAUGAACAGCGCCUCAUACCCGCUGCCCUUCCUUCCCUUCUCAAUCGCAGUAAACUCCCCCAAAUCUCUGGAGAAUGA